AUGUCUCCUUCAGGCAGACCACGGCCUCUGAGCCUCAUGUUUAUCUUGGGGAUGGGGAUGGCAUCAGAGAGCAUCAGCUGCCCAAGCAGGUGUAGCUGUCAGUACCUGGAAGUGAACUGCACGGGGCAGCAGUUGCAGGAGUUCCCUGCGGCCAUCCCGCUGGACACCAGGCAGCUGAUUCUGGCGGCAAACAAUGUCUCGUACCUGCCGGCAGUGGAAUUGAGCUUCUUGGCUGAUUUGAUCUAUCUGGACUGCAGGAAGAACCUCUUGGGGGAUGACCUGGAUUUCACUUUCAUUGGUGUGGCCAAGCUUGUCUAUCUGGACCUCAGCUUCAACAACCUCACACAGGUCACCUUCAGCACCUUCUCACACCUCCUCAGCCUGGUGGUGCUGAAGAUCUCAGACAAUCCCAACCUUGUGGCCAUCGAGAAGGAUGCUUUUGCCAACAACACCUGGCUGAGGCACCUGGAUGUGAGCCGGACAGGCUUAACGUUCCUGGACACCAGCACUGUCCGGGACCUGCCCAACCUGAGGUUUCUGGGGCUUAGUGACAACCUGUGGCACUGCAACUGUUCCUUUUUGGACUUCAUCACCUGGAUGACAGAAAGCAACGUUAAUUUUCCAGAUGCUGACAACAUCACCUGCUACACCCCAGAAGGCCUGCGUGCCCUGAAAAUGCCUGCAGUGGAGGCACAGCUUCACUUCAACUGCCUGACCCAGCUGUACAAACAAGACUACAUCUUUUUGUGUCUCAUUGGCUUCUGCAUAUUCUUUGCUGGCACCAUGGCAGCCUGGCUGGCUGGCGUCUGUGCUGUCAUCUAUGAAGUCCACACUUCAAAGGGCAGGGAGGAAGAGGAGGAGGAGGAGGAAGACAGAGGCACUUAG